GACCGGCCGGCAGAUGUGCGUGAUCAGAGCUGGAUGCGCUUCCGUGGAGCCUGCAGUUAAAAACAGACUACAACUCCCGAGAUCCUCUGGUUUCCGUUUUGUAAACACCGCGCACGCUUGAUGAUAUAACCAAAGUGAUAUAACUUGAUUUGCACAGACCAACACAGGAAACCCUGAAUGUGCCCCCAGCUCGCUGUACCAUGCCAGAGGGUCCGGAGCUGCACAUGGCCAGCCUGUUCGUGAACAGGAUGUGUGAGGGUGUGGUGUUCUCCGGCGCUGUGGAGAAAUCCGAGGUCAGUAAAAGCCCUGACGUGCCUUUUGCCUGCGACGCGUACAGAGUGCGUGCCGCCUCCAGGGGCAAGGAGGUGCGACUCACCCUCACGCCCAUCAAGAGCGACGAGACCCCCAAAAUGGCCGGGGCCAAGGCAGACCAAAACCUAGAGCCCAUGGACGUAGUUUUCCGCUUCGGGAUGUCCGGGUUCUUCCGUUUCACCCCCGAGAACGAGCUCCCCAAGCAUGCCCACCUUCGGUUCUACACCCCCGAAGAACCUCGCCGGGUGCUGAGCUAUGUGGAUGUGCGCAGGUUUGGAAGCUGGCAUCCUAACGGCACCUGGCAACCCGACCGGGGUCCAUGCAUCAUGUUUGAGUAUGAGAGCUUCAGGGAAAACGUUUUGUCUAACCUCUCGGACAAGGCCUUUGACAGACCCAUCUGUGAAACGCUGCUGAACCAGAAGUUCUUCAAUGGAAUCGGCAACUAUCUCCGAGCAGAGAUACUGUACAGACUGGACAUCCCACCAUUCAUGAAGGCCAGGACUGUUCUGGAAGGUCUGAGGUCACAAAGCAUGGAAGAUGAUAAGGCAGCGGUGCAGGAGGAGUUAGAAGCCAAGCCGGGAACAAAGAGCGAGGACGACAGUGGUCCUGACCUUCUCAGUCUGUGUCAUACUGUCCCUCUGGAAGUUUUGAAAAUGGGAGGUAAAGGCUACGAUCCGGAGAAGAAAGAUUAUUCCGUCUUUAAAUCCUGGCUGCAGUGUUACUAUGUCGACGGGAUGCAGUCUCUGAGAGACCAUAAUGGCAGAACCAUGUGGUUCAAGGGAGAUCCUGGCCCCAUGGCUCCGAAAGCUUUGAAAUCCCCUAAAGCCAAGAAGCGGGUGAAGAAAGAGGAACAUGACUACACGGAGACAAAAAAGGGAGGCAAAAAGAAAAGCACAAAAGAGAAAGUAGCAAAGGCAGCCAAAGGCACAAAGAAACCCACGGUGGAGCGGAAGGUUGCUCAGAGACGGAGCGCUUCGAAGCGGUCCAGAAGUACUCAGAAGGAGGAGGAGGAGGAGGAGGAGGAAGAGGAGGAGGAGGAAGUAUAUCUCUUCAAAGAAAACGCCAAACCUAAAGGGCGCAGAAAGAGCAGCACAAGUGUGGCCCAGAGGAAGUCUAGUGGACCCAAACGGACCAGAGGCGCCCAGAGUGGACAUGAGGAAGCAGAGACUGCACAGACCAACAAGAGAGGAAUGAGGAGGAAGAGCAUCUCUACUGCUGAGCCGCAGAGAAGAAGUGGGAGAGCAACCAGAGGGAGUGUGAGACAGACCAGCUAGCACACACACACAGACAAGUGUGAGACUGAGAGGGACCAAACCAACUCCGCUACACACACACUCACACUCACACACACACACUCACACUCACACACACACAUCACACUUCUUUCUCUCUUGCUUUUACACUGGAGUUUUUUAACUGGGGAAACGGGUUUUGUUACUGAGAAAAGAAAAAAUUAAAUAUGUAUUUACUAAAA